AUGGAGGUGGCAGCAGACCAGUCUCGUUGGAUGGCGCAUCAUCACGCAGUGCUGAACGGGCAGCAUCCGGACUCGCAUCAUCACGGCCUCACGCACAACUACAUGGAGCCUAUGGCGCCUCUGUUACCCCCGGAUGAUGUGGACGUGUUUCUAAAUAAUUUGGAUUCGCAGGGCAACCCGUACUAUUCCAACUCGAGGGCCAGGGUGUACAGCCAAGCCCACGCUCGUCUAACUGGGAGUCAGGUUUGCCGACCUCAUCUCCUGCACAGUCCUGGCCUCCCAUGGCUGGACGGCAGCAAGGCUGCUCUAUCCGCGGCGCACCAUAACGCCUGGGCGGUGAGUCCGUUUAGCAAGGCCAGCCUUCACGCCACCGGAGCCGGCUACGCUUGCAGUGGCAGCUCGGCCACGGCUCCCACCUCCGCGUCGCUCGCUCCGACCAGCCACGCCAGCCCGCACCCGCUCUACAACUUCCCACCCACGCCUCCAAAGGACGUGUCCCCAGACCCGGGCCCUUCGUCCCCUUCCUCGUCUUCGAUUACGCGGAUGGACGAAAAGGAAUCGGUCAAAUAUCACGUAUCACUGGGAGACGGAAUGAAGAUGGAAGGGUGCAGUCCUAUCCGGAGCGGACUGACCAUGUGCGCACCACAAACUCCAUCCACGCACCAUCCGAUUCCCACGUACCCGGCCUAUUCUCUCCCCACCGCGCACGACUACGGAGCCAGCCUGUUCCAUCCAAACCUGCUCAGCGGCUCGGCCUCCGGUUUUGCACCUAAAUGCAAGAGCAAGGCGCGUUCCAGCUCGGAGGGCCGUGAGUGUGUAAACUGUGGUGCCACCUCCACUCCUCUGUGGCGGAGAGACGGAACGGGCCACUACCUUUGCAACGCCUGCGGCCUCUACCACAAGAUGAACGGUCAGAAUCGACCCCUCAUUAAGCCCAAACGCAGACUGUCGGCUGCCCGGCGAGCUGGAACCUGCUGUGCAAACUGCCAGACCACUACGACCACACUGUGGAGGCGCAAUGGCAAUGGAGACCCAGUGUGCAAUGCCUGCGGCCUGUACUACAAACUCCACAAUGUUAACAGACCACUUACCAUGAAGAAAGAAGGCAUCCAGACGCGCAACCGCAAGAUGUCCAGCAAGUCCAAGCGCAGCAAGCGGGCAAUGGAGGGCUUCGACGAACUCUCCAAGUGCGUCCACGAUAAGACGUUGCCCUUCACCAGCGCCAUGGCCGCCCACAUGCCUCACAUGGGCCAUCUGCCUCCCUUCAGUCACUCGGGCCACAUGCUGCCCACGCCGACCCCGAUCCACCCGUCGUUCAGCCACCCACACCACUCGGGUCGCUCGCCGGUCUGGGCCGAGCCUCACUGAUCGACCCACUGAUGCCCUUGAGUCACUAUGCCUGCAUGUGUAGGUACAGCGUAGCUACUUUUCCACAGACACUUGUUGUGGGUUCUGAAAGGGGUGCUUUGCUUGUUAUAAAUCCUGUCCCAUCCAAAUGAGACCGAUAAGGACGACUGGCGCUUCUCGCCUUUUAUUUUGUACUGAGUCACUUUGGUACUGCGGAGGAUGUGUGUUGUAGCCGAGUCACUGUGUAUGUGCAUGAGCGAGUAUACGUGUGCUAACGGGAAAUUUAACUGCUACGGCCCGUGGCUCGCGUCGGCCAGCUCUAGGACUCUAAAUAAGAGGAAAAAAUCUGAACUGAAGAGAAAGAAGCCUGAUGGAUAACGGACUGCAUAUUCUGAACACAUCGUAUGGACAUUUAGCAAACAAGACAGAUGUUUAUAAAGCUCGGUUGUUAUUAUCAUUAUUGUUAUAAUUGUUAUUAUGAUAAUUUAUUUUCACACUUUAUUUUCUUUUUGAGCUCUCCUCGAAAAACCAUAUGUUUAUUGUUAUAAAUAUUAUUUGAUUGUUAAUAUUAAAAGAUAAAGAAAAAAUAAUAAAAAAAAGAACACUGACUUAUCUUAGCUAAGGUGAUAUU